AGUGGAUCUCUACUUUUUAGGGUAAGCGUAAUGGUAUACCUAUAAUACUGGCCUGAUAGACGAUGACCUCCAUCAACAUAACAAUAACGAUAAGAACAUGAUCUACGCAUAUACGCGAGCACUCACAACUACAACUACAUAUGUAAACUUUAAGUUAAAGUUUUUCACACUCGCACGCUAUCACAUCAAUCAAAAAAAUGUCCACCUCGCAAGAACAAGAUGAGUUGCCCCCUUCCUCGUCUAAGAAAAGAGCACUGGUGCCUUCCAUCAUGUGCGAUGCUUCGUUCUCCACUACAGACCUCAAUCGAGGUCUCCUUUCGGAACCAAUAGUGGAAAUUAUAUCACCUGGCCAACCUCCUUCGCAUCCUUCACAGCAGCAGCCUUUACAGCUAGUUGAUGCGAGAAUACUGACCAGUUUGGUUGCGCCGCGGCCAGGGUUGCUCACGGUGCACCAGGAACAGACUGCUGCGGGUGGUGAUAUUAAGGCGGAUUAAGAUGUCAGUAGACAUGAUUCUUUUCAAAUCAGUUGAAAAAGCUUCGCCGUGUGCUUCAGCUUUCUUGUAGUCUCGUGAAACUACGUACUCUCUCUUGUACUCGCUCUUGGACAACAUUCCACGACCGCUAAUCUGCGAGGUGGAGGUUUGCUCUCGAUAGGGGGUGGCGGUGCGCCUUCGUCAAGAAAUGCAUCGACAACAUCAACAAGUGCUGUUGGUGCUGUGGGGUCGUCUUCUAGGUCAAGAACCUCGACCUCUACUUCAAGAACGAGCAGUACUACAAUGACUGGCAGAAACACCACCGAAGACACAAAAAACCAGGAGGAUUGGUUCUGUCUGCGCCGUUCUAAACCACUGCCGUGCCUGCCAGAAAUGCCUAAUUUUGUCUGUGGCGGAGUCAUCUUCCUUCUGGUUUCUCUCCUUGCUCUCACUUUCGUUUUACCAAUCGGCAUACAGAUCGUAGUGGACCACUCUUAUGUUGACAAGGAAAAACUGAAUCAUACUGCUCGAGAGACAGAACAAACUAUGCAAGUUCUACUUCUAAGCACAAGGCGUAGGAAUAACAAUAAAGUCACUGCAAGGACUCGUGUUAUUUCACGAGUAUAGUGACAGUAUGAUAUUAGUCCUCCUUUCAUAGUGUAACAGUCGACGUAAUAUCCCUUGGCAUGCUAGACCCGCUACCCGAUAGUGUAAGACUACAAACAAGAAUGCGGCUAACGCCUGCAGUGAAGGGUUGUUCCGCGUCGUUGGAUGCUUUCAAAAUGACCAUGCAUCUGGUAGAGAAGAAUAUGAUCCCACCGAGACCAAGUACUACUACCACAAGGAUAAAAAGAGGUCAAGCACUUCUUCCUCAACAAGAAGUAGGGAAUGUUGAUGGCGUAAGAACGAGUACUACCACAAGAGGUCAAGGACUUCUUCCUCAGCAAGCUGACGUGGGGAAUGCUGGCGUAAGUAGAACUACAGGCGACGUAAGAACUAGUACUACAUUAGGUCGGAAUAUUGUACAACGAGAUGGUGCUGGUCCACGAAAACACGUAGAUGACGUAGAGGAGGUAGAAGACGGUGGAGGGCUUGGAAAUAGAAGAGAUGGGGAGAUACAUUUACAUGAGCAUGAGGAACAGCAGGAGAACAAGAGAGUAGAGAAAGCCCCUUUAGUUAAGGGUUCCCACAUUGCAUUUUUCACUACCUUCCUUUACUUUUUUUCCAGUGGGAAAAGGGUCAGGGAUGAUCUGAAGAAUGCAAUGUCGCAACCUCUAACUUAGCAGAUGAAAUUGCCCCUGAAGAAGAAGAAGCGCUCAACACCUUCAAGAAAGCUUCCGAAGACCAUGGGACUGAAAUCGGCAGUUUCGAAAUGCACCCUCUAGAGCUCGAUGGCAACGCCGUCGAAAUAGCGGUCGACAAGCGCUUGAAGAUCCUGAAUGCCAAGAAUCUGGUAGAAAUGGGCAACCUCUUACUUCAGAGCAAGAAGUUUCAAAUUCGGGUGCUGGGACAUACACGAUUGCACAAGUUUGGCCUCAGCUACAGUCUGACCUUCGACCAGACGAUCGAGAUGGAGGGGCUGAAUAACCUGGAAGGGGUGAUACAGCUGAAGACAUUUGUACUUAGCAUUUUUGAUUUGAGUAACCUGGAAGGGGUGAUACAGCUGAAGACAUUUGUACUUGUCACAGUCUUUUAGUUCUUCUAAAUCUAACGAGAUCAUGGAGACUUCUGAUUUAGAUUUUCUAUAAGUGAUCGCGCUUGCGGGGGUUGGUUCUUACUACUUUCUAGCCUCAUAACAUGAUUUGUUCCAAAUCCCAGGAACUUUUACUGUGGAACCUGUUCCCACUCCAAACUGAAUCAGGACCUGCCCGGCGAAGCCCCCGAUGGCAAGAGCAUUCUUGUUGACGCCACAGCCGAUAUUGAGAAUCCCACGAAUUACACUCUGGCCCUUGGUCACGAGAUCAAGCUAGCGACAUUGUACGAGGGCUAUUCGAUGGCGACGAUCACGUUGACGGACUUUGUGCUGAAACCUGGAGUGACGAAAACUGUGAAAGUGAAAGGCUUGUUUUUUCCGGAGAAUCUGACAUCAGCAGCUGGGUUUCUCAGCCAGUACAUGCAGGGAGGCGACAAACUGCUGUAUUUGCAGGCGAAAGGACUCGAUAUCAACUUCAAAAAUUAUCGGACUCUAUGAAGAAAAUCUUCUGUAUCUGACAAAUAGUAGAACUAUCUUAAUUAAAUUUCUUCAUCUUCUUACGAAACACAAAGAAAUAGCACAAAUAACGGCCUAUUAUAUCGUUAAGGAACUACGUACUCCGUCACGCGCGCGUGGGGAAGCAAGGAUCUUCCUACAACUCAUAUCCUAUUCAUCUCAAAACAUGAAGCUCACGUCUUCUAAUUCCCGGCGACAUUUUCCACGUGCCGUGGUUCACCGACUUAGUCAAGCAGAUGCGCUCAUCUACUGGCAUGCACCCUGUGGACGGCAGGAAAUUCGUCAGAGGUGUAGACAUCAGCGAAAUCGGAUUUGAGGUACUUGCUGAGGAUGCCCUCUCAGUGUGGGGUAACCUAGACAUUGAUUUUCGCAUCCCUUUUGCGAGGUUCAAAUAUGCGAUCACGGAAUUGGAGGCAGAGCUGAAGGUGGGACAGAGGGGAAUCGAUAGCAGCAUAGCAAAGACGCCGAUGAUGCCAGUGCAGUACAUACCGCAUCCACUUACGGCAAGGCUCCUUUCAUCGCUGGCGAUGUACAACUACAUGUAGAAGUACGUACCGCAUUUACGACCUCACUGCUCUCUCCUCCAACUUUCUCCACCGUCUAAUCUGCAAGACCACAGUGGAACUUUGCGCAUCAAACUCACGAAAAGUCCGGUGCAACUGCUGAACGUUUCAGCGUUUAACGACUUGUUGUAUGACGUGUACCAGUCUGAAGCGGUCUUUCUCCAACUAAGCGGUACGGGGUCUGCGGUUAUGUCUAGUGUAUUGUCGGACGCGUGGUAUGUGCCGAAUAUACCCCUGCAAGUGGAGACUAGCAUAAAAGGGUGGAACCGGUUUAAGAGCGGUACUUAGGAAGAAUAAGUAGCAUUCAAAAGCAAUGUUUUGUCACAACAGCGAAUUGGAGCACUAGGCCCGGGUUGGGUACGUCGCUGUCUGCAAAGGGUGCUUAGCCAUCUGGUCCGCUUACUUCUGCUUCUCACAUGCUUGCUCUACUUUCCGCAGCUUGGCCUGUCGUCUUUUGUGUCUGUGUGUUAGUUUUACCUGAUUAGAAUCCCACUUCCGUUCGAAUUAUUCCAUCCCACUGCCACAUCUUCAACAGGUAUCUCCGUGAAAGGGAUCGAUAUCCUUCCCCAAGGCACGACGGAUCGCAGGGUGCACAUCAAAGCCACAAUUGAACUCGACAAUGACACUCCCUUAGCCGCGAAACUGUCUUAUCUUCCAGCGUAUUUGAUAGCGAGGCAUGAAGCGGAGCAGUGCAGAAUAGGUGAGGAUGAGGAUAAGCACGACUCUUUAGUAGCAUUAAGGGUUUCCGAAUUACAUCCCUCACUACCAUCCUUGGCUCCUUUUCAAGAGGGAAAUAGGUCCAGGAUGUUCUGAAGAAUGCAACUCGGCAACCUCUAAUAGCAGUAGAAGGACAAGAACAUCAAGAUGAAGUCUGCACUUCUGUAGCGCAGGACGUCUCUCUAGGAAUGGUGGAGGCAUUUGACCAGAGUCUGCCUGCAAAUAGCCUAGCGAAGUUGCAUGGCACGAUAUUCUCGGAUAAGGAUAGUGAUGGCACUUGGCCCCAUAGUGAAACAAGUAGAAGCCGUGGUAGAAGCCGUAUGUUAAGGCUCAACUUGGAAUGGUCACCAUUUAGAUUGGAGUCACUGAGAUGGAAGAGGCGACCCCUUCUUGAGAGAACCAACAGCGGAAAUAAACGAAGGGAACAAAGGGGAGAGCUUUGGAGGGAGUCCCUUCCGUUCAGAGUUGUUGGCCAAUGAGUGCUGAGCUCUAAAUAUGGGGCUGCCUGUCCUCCCAGAGCACGUGCACGAGGUAACGGAACCACAACAAGAAAGCAGCAGUUAUCAUACCCGAGGAAGAGGUAGGUCAAAAAGUAGAUCGUCAACUUCGAGAUCGUCAACUUCUUCAACAACAGUUUCAAUCACACUGCCCUCUAGCUCCAUGGAGGAGAACAACUACACGUCCCCUUCCAUAGUACAAGACACCCUAGAGCAACUGUUAGGUAAGCACUUGUCAAAUGAAACAGUCAACGCUUACGCCGCUGCUGCUACCGACGCCCUGUGGAAGAAUUUGUCUUUCUUAGACCCUUUCACUCGGAAACUGAAUCAUGUCUUAAGGGUAGGCUAAAGGUGCUUUUGUUACCCCCGUUUGUUCUUAUGGCUCUCCUAAGGGGUAGGGGGACAGCCAUAACAAGCGGGAUAAUAGCGAACACCAAAAGCCUCCCUCUAAUUGUCCCAGUCUCCAUACCCGGCAGAAGCAAGAACUUGAUCACCUGGGUGCAAGCGGUGCUGUCUGCUGACGUUUUACUGUUGAAGUUGGAGGCAUUGUUGACGAUCGAGAACACGUUCUCAGCGGCGUUGCUAGUAAAGAAAGCAGUAGGAAUGGUGUACGUCGGAGACGAUCAGGAUUUACUGUUUGGCAGCGUUAACGUUACCUUUCCGGGAGACGGCUGGCUGAUCGGAGCAAAGUCAAAUUCGACGAGUGAUACGGUAAGUCUCGUUUCGACGCGUACUAGAGUCGCAGAUGAUCUCUUGUCCCUAAGGUCUUAGCAAUUCCUUAGUAUAAGUACGAGUAAUCUGAAUCCGUAGUACUGGAUUCAAUAAUUCCGGUACUGCUACGUACUGGGUAGUGAUCAGUAAUUAGGAAGGAUUGAAUUCGGUUUCCGCAGUGAUAGUGAAACUAGUGAUGAAGACACUUGUGAUUGAAGAUUUAAAUAUUUAUUCUGUGGAUGCAAGAUAAAGUCGUUACUAGACGAACCAACACUACGAAGUACAACAAGAACCCAUAUAAUCACUGCCUAUCAAUAGAAACUCUAUUAAAACUCAGUCAGUCUGACACUCUCACCCUAAACCCUAUACCAGAUAAGCGGCGACAUUCUUCUGACCGAAUGUGUGUUACAUCCUCUCACCUGUGGUGCUGCUUUGGAGCACCUUCUAGGCACCACCUAUGCCAGAGUCCAAGUCCAUCUAGUCGCGCAAGUGGAGUCGAAGUUCGAGCUGGCAGUAAAUGCCACUGAAAGGAAUGUGCCUUUGAGCCUGCAUAAACAGGGAACAGCUGAUGCGUUGCGGCUAUUGACACGUCCUCCAAGGACACCAAGAAGCAAGCAGAAUGAGAAUAUUUCUAGUAAGCUGCAUAGACCGACACCGAAGAAGGAAAGAACAAGGGAACUACCAGCGGCUGCACAGGAGUUGUGGAUUUGA